AUGGCUCCGAACCUCAGCCUGCUUCUGCUAAUGGGCAUCAUAGUGGGUGUGUUUGCUGAUGAUGAACCACCACAAAGAGUUGAUAUCUCUGUGGCAAUCACAGAAAUGCAGGAAGCAAAUUACUACACUUUUGUGACUCUGAUUCAGAUGCUGCAGGACAGUAUUCCAGAAAAUGCUACAUUUCUGAUGCCAAGUGACCGGAUUCUGGCCAGGGUCCAGGUAAAUGAGAAUGCCAUUUCUGAGUUUGUCAGGAGCCAUAUGAUUCCAUCUCCUCUUGUGUAUGAACAGCUCAAACGUUUCCCAUCGGGAUCCUUGAUCCCCACGUACUAUCCAAGUCACAUGCUCAGGAUAUCUACUCACAACAGAAGAAUUUUGCUCAAUAAUGUCCAAAUUGUCCGGCCGAACGUUUGCACUGCAGGCUCCUCCAUCAGAUGUCAUGGAAUCAAUGGAGUGUUGGUGCAUACAAGUGAAAGUGACAGACCCGCCACACCGAACCCACCUAGCACGGCUCCUUCUCCACCAUCUCAGACUGCAACUCCAAACAUAUCACCAGUUCCACCAAUGACUCCACCAUCUGCAGAAGAAGAUGGAGCCCCAUCACCCACCAUGGAGCCCCAAUCGGUGGCCUCGAAUCUGAUGGUUGGACGAGAACAUUUUGUCUCAUUUAUAUCAUGUGCGGCGGUUUUCCUCAGUGUGGUCUUUUAA